UUUCACCCUAAUUUCGUUUCUCAACAAGUAGCCCUCCAUCCCCAAAUCAAAUAGACCCGCUACCAAUUUCCUUUUGAUCUUCAAUCUCCACUGCGUGUUUUUGCGAAAGAUCUAGGGAGAUGGUGACUUCAUCAGUUGUAAACACAUACCCUCUUUCGAGUUACUCCUUCGGCACAAAAGAACCCAAAAUGGAGAAAGACACUUCUGUUGCUGAUCGUCUUGCUCGCAUGAAACUCAACUAUAUGAAGGAAGGUAUGAGGACCAGUGUUGAAGCAAUCUUACUGGUGCAAGAGCAUAAUCAUCCUCACAUUCUUCUACUACAAAUUGGCAACACAUUUUGUAAACUUCCUGGUGGACGACUUAAGCCUGGUGAAAAUGAAGUUGAAGGGUUGAAAAGGAAAUUGUCAAGCAAACUUGCUGCUAAUUCGCCUAAUAUGCAACCUAAUUGGCAGAUUGGUGAGUGUGUUGCUGUAUGGUGGAGGCCAAACUUUGAAACUAUCAUGUACCCAUAUUGCCCUCCACACAUCUCAAAACCAAAGGAAUGCAAGAAACUUUAUGUUGUACACUUGUCAGAAAGAGAGUACUUUGCAGUGCCCAAAAAUCUCAAACUUCUUGCUGUCCCACUGUUUGAGCUUUAUGAUAAUGUUCAGAGAUAUGGACCAGUCAUAUCAACUAUACCACAGCAGCUGUCAAGAUUUCAGUUUAACAUGAUCCCUGCGUAAGCGCACACCGGAUUCCAGCCAUUUUAUAUAACGUAAUAUUAAAUUUAGUAAAAUCGUUCUCUCGAAUAUUUUAUUGGCAUUUAUAGAACCUCAUUUAAAGAUUUAGUUUAAUUCAUCGGCUUUAUUUAGGAGGGAAAGACUAUUGUGACUUGUAUUGUAUGCAUUUCAAGAUGUACAUCGUUGUUGUCUAUUUUCAUUAUUCCAUAUCGUUUUAUGUAUAAGAGUUUAGAAAUCGUUGGUA